ACUGAGAAAAAUAAAAGAAAAACUUCAUCAUAAAAAGCAAAAAAAAGAGAAAUUAUUCCUAUUUUUAGUCACCCUUUGUUUCUCCCUCUUUUCAGAGUCUGAGAAGCUUUUGUUUCUCUCCCAACACAAUCACUUUUCACUCUUGAAUGCAUUAUUAUAACUCACGCUUUAAGUAAUGGAAACUCGCGUUUCAUCUCUUCGAUUUUUCAACUACCAUUGAUCCAUGCAAAUAACGAUUUUUCACCCUUACCUUCAACCUUCAAUCGCUUUCAAAAACUUCAUUUUCUCAACAUAAAUCUCAAAAGUGUGCAUUCAAUUUCGCCGUUUUCGCAAUGCAAACGUGAAACUCGAAGUUCGAGGUGGUGAAUUUCGAACCGGAAACGCGAAUUGCAGGGAAAUAAAAAAGUCACUAAUUCCUUUCUUUUUUUUUGGCGAUUCAGAAUUCGCCAACGAAAAUUCAGAGAUUAUUCUCGAAGAAAUGGUGUCAUCAGCUUCGCCAUGUUCUCUUACGAGAAGCUCGUUGGAAGAGAUGCUUGACUCGCUUCGCCGGAAGGACGAAGGUGAAGCGAAUAAGAAGGAUUCGCCACCGGCGUUGCCAUCCCGGCCGGCGUCAAAGGCUCGGCUCCCUCGGGCAAAGCGGUCGCUGCCAAAUAAUUUCAAGGUCGGCAGCGGCGGUGGUGUGGUGAAGAAUGGAUUUAAUGAUAAUGAAGAAAGUGUGGAAAGUAAGAGGAAGGAAACAUGUUUGGAAAAUAAGAUAAGAGAGAGUAGUUUUGGGAGGAAGAGGGUGAAGAAGGAUGUUGUCGAGUCACCUUACGUGGCACCAAUUUGUGAAUCAGGGAUCGUUUCAGAAUUGGAUGGUGAUACUAUUUCUUAUUUCAUCAAAAUGAAGCUUCAUAGAGGGCAAUGGGAGCUAGGGUCGAUAAGAUCAACUUCAGGAGAGGAAGCAUCUGUUUCACUCUCAAAUGGAAAUGUGCUGAAAGUGGCUAGAUCAGAGAUUCUACCAGCUAAUCCUGAUAUUUUAGAGGGUGCCGAUGACCUUAUUAAACUCGCUUAUUUGAAUGAGCCAUCGGUUCUUUACAAUCUUAGGUUUAGAUAUUCCCGGGAUAUGAUUUAUAGCAAAGCAGGGCCCAUUUUAAUUGCACUCAAUCCUUUCAAAGAUAUCCAGAUUAAUGGAAAUGAUUAUGUCUCCACUUAUAAUCAGCGAUUUGUUGAUAGCCCUAAUGUUUACGGCAUGAUAGAAGCUGCUUAUAACCAGAUGAUGGGAGAUGAAGUAAAUCAGUCCAUUAUUAUAAGUGGUGAGAGUGGAUCUGGGAAGACCGAGACAGCUAAAAUUGCUAUGCAGUAUUUAGCUGCUCUUGGUAAUGGCAGUUGCGGGAGAGCAAAUGAUGUUCUUCAGACAAAUUGUAUACUAGAAGCUUUUGGGAAUGCAAAAACAUCUGUGAAUGACAACUCUAGCAGAUUUGGAAAGUUUAUUGAAAUUCUUUUCAGUACCACGGGUAAAAUAUGCGGGGCUAAAAUUCAAACUUAUUUGUUGGAAAAGUCAAGGGUUGUUCAACUGACCAGUGGUGAGAGGUCGUAUCAUGUAUUUUAUCAACUUUGUGCUGGAUCUUCAUCUGGUCUUAAAGAGAGACUGAAUCUUAGAGCAGCCUGUGACUAUAAAUAUCUAAAUCAAAGUAACUGCAUGGCAAUUGGUGGUAUUGAUGAUGCCAAAAACUUUCAUCAGCUGAUGAAAGCAUUUAAUGCUGUUUGGAUUUGCAAAGAAGACCAAGAGCUGAUAUUUAAGAUGCUUGCUGCAAUACUAUGGCUGGGAAAUAUAUCAUUCGAAGUUACUGACAGUGAAAAUCACGUUGAGGUUGUGGGCGAUGAAGCCGUAACCAGUGCAGCGCUGCUGAUGGGUUGCAGUUCCCAGGAAUUAAUGACAGCUUUAUCCACCCAUAAAAUCCAAUCUGAUAAGGAUACUGUUGCCAAAAGUUUGACAUUAUUGCAGGCAAUUGAAGCAAGAGAUGCAAUUGCCAAAUUUAUUUAUUCAAGCUUGUUUGAAUGGCUUGUACAACAAAUUAACAAGUCACUUGAAGUGGGUGAAAAACAUACCCAGAAAUCCAUUUGUAUCCUUGAUAUUUAUGGGUUUCAGUCAUUUCAGAAGAACAAAUUUGAACAGUUUUGUAUAAAUUAUGCCAAUGAGAGGCUUCAACAACAUUUUAAUCGGCAUCUGUUUAAACUUGAGCAGGAGGACUGUGAAUCAGACGGCAUAGAUUGUACAGUAUUAGAUUUUGAAGACAAUCAAGAGUGCUUGGAUCUAUUUGAGAAGAAACCUCUUGGUCUACUCUCUUUGUUGGAUGAGGAAUCAAAUUUAGCUGAGGCUUCUGAUUUAACAUUUGCAAACAAACUUAGGAAUCACCUGAAUGCUAAUCAUUGCUUCAAAGGGGAAGGAGGAAGAGCUUUCAGUGUUCGUCACUAUAUGGGGGAGGUUUUGUAUGAUACAAAUGGCUUUCUACAAAAUAACAGAGAUACAUUGUCUUCUAAUUCCAUUCAACUCCUUUCAUCAUGUAAUUGUGAACUGCUGAAGUUGUUCUCUGAAGUGUUUAACCAAUCUGAGGAGCAUGCAAAUUCCACUUUCCAUGUUGGCGCACAAUACUUACAGAAGCGAGGCGUUGGGACAAAGUUUAAGGAUCAAUUGUUCAAGUUGAUGAAUCAGUUGGAGAGCACUACUCCUUACUUUAUUCACUGCAUAAAGCCAAAUACUAAGAAGCUUCCUGGAAUUUAUGACAACGAACUUGUCCUACAACAGCUCAGAUGCUGUGGAGUUCUAGAAGCUGUUAGAAUUUCAAGGGCUGGAUAUCCUACUCGAAUGAACCAUCAAGAGUUUUCCAGAAGGUACAAGUUUUUGCUUCUUGAAUCUGAUGUACCUCGGGAUCCGUUGAGCAUCUCUGUCGCAGUUUUGCAAAAAUUUAAUGUCCCUUCUGAAAUGUACCAAGUUGGCUACUCAAAAAUUUAUCUUCGAGCAGGGCAGAUUGAUGCAUUGGAGGAUAAGAGAAAACAGCUUUUGCAGGGAACAAUUAGGAUUCAAAAAUGCUUCCGUGGUCAUCAAGCCCGCAGUUUUUUCUGUGAACUUCAGAAUGGAGUUACAACAUUACAAUCAUUUAUUCGUGGAGAAAUUACAAGAAGGAAACAUGGUGAUUUGGAGAAGUCUUCUAUAACAAUUUAUUCUAAAAAACUUGAGGAGAUUCAUGCAAUCAUACUACUUCAAUCUGUAAUUCGUGGGUGGCUGGUUCGUAGGGAUUGUAGUCACAUCAAUAAAUUGAGGAAAUAUCAUGAAAAUGCAAAACCUAGACGAAAGUCUCGCGUUCAGAUGCCAGAGGUGAAGGAUUUGUCCAAAGAGAUGGUUCAGAACUUGCCUUCAGCUUUAGCAGAACUCCAAAAACGGGUUUACAAGGCUGAAGCAAUUGUGGAGCAAAAGGAAGAGGAAAAUACUGAAUUAUGGGAACAGCUAAAACAGUCUGAGAGAAAGAGGAUUGAAUAUGAGUUGAAGAUGAAGUCAAUGGAGGAGACAUGGCAAAAGCAGAUGGCAUCUUUGCAAAUGAGUCUUGUUGCUGCUAGAACGAGCCUUGCUUCAGAGAAUAGCACUGUUCAACCUGUAAGGCAUGAUGUUGUGUCGCCUCGCUACUAUGACUCUGAAGAUGCUUCUUCCAUGGGAUCUCGAACAACUAGUGGGAACACACCUAUGAUAAAGUUAUCUAGUAGUCUUUCUGUCUCUGAUGUAGGGAGGCAGGCUAAUGGUACUUUGACGACAGUCAGCAAUCUGAUGAAGGAAUUUGAGCAUCGAAGACAGACCUUCAAUGAUGAAGUUAAAGCUCUAAAUGAGAUUAAACCAGGGCAGUCUGCUGACACAAAUUCUGCUGAUGAACUUCGGAAACUUAAACAAAGAUUUGAGGGAUGGAAGAAACAAUACAAGGUUAGAUUGCGGGAGGCAAAAGCAAGGUUUUCCGAAACCGAAAAAAGUCGACGAACAUGGUGGGGGAAAUUUAGCUCGAGGGCAUAAAACCGUUCAAUCUUGAUACGGCCUCUUUGCUGAAGCACAUAAAUGUUGAAGACUCAGCAAAAAAAAUGGCAAAAUGAUUGUCGUCAUGAACUCUGUCAUUUUGAGGCGUUUCUUCCUUUGUAUCUCAGUAUGUUGCUUGAAUACUUAAAAGUGUUAUCAUUGUGCUACUUGGUGAAGGGAAAGAAAUUGUAUAUCUAGCAAUUUUGUCACAUAGUGUUAGUAUUAAAUGUUGUGCAUAAUUGUAAAUUUGUAGCAUAGUUGUAUCAUUGGUCUAAUCUACUUCUGUAUAUUCUUCUUUCCUUUCAAUUGUUUGAGAACCAGUUAUGCCUCAUGUAUAUUGUCGCUGAGCUCGAAGAUUUUAGAGUAAACUUUCACUUUAGUCGUUAUAUUUUCACUUGCUUA